UUUUUUGCUUGUAAAAAUUAUUUUCCUAUUUUGUUGUAUUAGGUAGAAGUUAAACUGACGCGUGCGCAGAGGGGUUGCAAACGGUCGAAAGUCUGAGUCUUCCGAAUUCUCAAGUCGUCACGAAGGCCGAGCUUCGUGUCCUUCCGCCACUCAUCGUAGUCAGUCGGCUGCCGUCGACGGAACAGAUUUUCGUUGUCGUCGUCUGCCUCGUCCUCCUCUCAUUGUUGUUGUUCUCGGUGACGCGACGGAGGUGUAGCCUGACGCGGUCUCUUACGUGUCGGUCUGAAUAAAAGUGGAGCUCCGUAGACCCGGGAGUGACGAAGCGAGCCUGUGUUGACGUUUCCCUCCAUGUAGCUCUCAGCUGCUAAUACUGUUAGCACUGGCUGCAGACAACGGACUACUUUCUACUGCGGCGGAAUAACGCUGCGACAUAAUCAUGAUUUUAAAUGACCAUGGAGGCUGGUGCAGACACACAGCAAAGUGGUGAUACAGCUGUCUCCGAGUCUGAGGCCCAGCAAAUCGCACUGGCCCAGGCAUCCGUAGCUGCAGGCCAGGUGUCGACCAGUAGCCCCACAGUCACCUUAGUGCAAUUGCCCAACGGUCAGACUGUCCAGGUGCAUGGGGUUAUUCAAGCAGCACAGCCAUCUGUCAUCCAGUCGCCACAGGUCCAGACAGUCCAGAUUUCAACUUUCCCUGAGAGUGAAGACUCUCAGGAGUCUAUUGACAGCCUAACAGAUUCUCAGAAGAGGAGAGAGAUCCUGUCCAGAAGACCAUCAUACAGGAAAAUUCUAAACGACCUAUCAUCAGACGUGCCAGCGGUGCCUAAAAUUGAGGAAGAGAAAUCGGAGGAUGACUCAGCUCCUGCCAUCACUACAGUCACCAUGCCUACCCCAAUCUAUCAGACUAGCAGUGGCCAGUAUAUCGCCAUUACCCAGGGAGGAGCCAUCCAACUGGCCAACAAUGGUACAGAAGCAGUUCAGGGUCUGCAGACGCUAACCAUGGCCGGUGCUGCUGGCGCCCAGUCCGGCACCACCAUCCUGCAGUACGCUCAGACCAGUGAUGGGCAGCAGAUCUUGGUGCCCAGCAACCAAGUGGUCGUACAAGCUGCCUCUGGCGACGUCCAGGCCUACCAGAUCCGCACAGCCCCCACCAGCGCCAUCACCCCAGGAGUGGUCAUGGCCACUUCUCCUGCUCUGGGCACAUCAGGAGGCACAGAGGAGGUCACUCGCAAAAGGGAGGUUCGACUCAUGAAGAACAGAGAGGCAGCUCGUGAAUGUCGCAGGAAGAAGAAGGAAUAUGUCAAAUGUCUAGAAAACCGUGUGGCCGUACUGGAAAACCAGAACAAAACUCUCAUUGAGGAACUCAAAGCCCUCAAGGACUUGUACUGUCACAAAUCGGAGUAGAACUGUCACAGAACUGCCCAACAGGUCACGCGUCACAUCAGGCACAGAGACUCAGCAUAGAGCUGUGCACCUGGAUGCCCCGCCCCAAUUUUUCUACUCCUUUGCUUUCUUUUUAGAAACGAAGAAAACUCCAGAAAAUCUGUAACGUGACUCACCAGUAAUAGAACCUUCAAUUUCACUGGGUUAAAUUCAGAAACAUUUGUUUUCAACGGUUGAUAUGAACUCCUCCAGAGUGGAUUGCAUCUCUACAGGGUCUUUGUGGCGAUUCAAGAGAUUGUGUAUGUUUGUUUUUUGUUUCUUUGGUUUUUAUUGGACACAAAAGGGAACCAUCACCAGCAAACAAGGAAAUUGCUUGAUGGCACCACCACUGACGGACUGUUUAUAUAGCUGAGACUCCAGGUUGGUUUGGAUAAUCUCGAGGUCACUUUUUUGUGCAAAAUUUGUAACAAUAACUGCGCUCUCGCAUUAAUACCUGUUACUUAAUACUGCUUUGGAAGUGUAGAUGGGCUGCUUUGUUUGUUCAUAUUUUAUCUUUUCUUGUUUUGUUUUUUUCAGCUUUAGUUAUGCCUUUCGUUUGCCUUGUUUUUCACACAUAAACAAAUUGCAUUAACAUUUCUGUUCCCCAACGCUAAAGAAACUAUGGUUAACAACCUGAUUCAACAUCGGUGACAUGUCUGGUAAAAAGUUGUCAACUUGACAAAGUUCAACAAAUGUAUGUGGGUAAUUUAUCUGAUUUCAUUCAGAGUGUAUUUUAAAUCGAUUUUUAAACGUUUUAAUGAUGGGAUCAUGAACAUAAGCCAAAAAAGAUAAGCCACAUGUUAUGUAAAAGAAGAAAUUAUAUUUUUUGCAAAAUACUGAGCAAAUUUAAGGUCUGUUGUGUGUGUGUGUGUGUGUGUGUUUUCAAAGUUUAGGGUAAAGAUGCCUAAAAUAACUCCUAAAAUAACCUAAGGGGGGCAGCGACCCUGCACUGUGCAGGGUUUUUUGACGACUUACACGAGACCCCAGGACCUGCUGUAUUUGAUUCAGCAGAUGCUGCGUUCCCACCCAGCAUUUACAGGAAUGCGGAGUUCUAUUUGCACUUUUUCCUUGCUUAUACAAUCCUCUGACAUUUCACCUAUGUCCCACCGCUGCAGAUUAUCCUGUUAACCAGUUUCAGUCUUCAAUAUCAAAUGGGCCCAAAACCUUCAGAAACACUCUAUGAAGAGAUUGCAAUGUGUGACCAAAUUUAAAGACAGGUGUUCAUGUGGAUAUUUUCAUGCUAAUAAAUUCAGUUAUACAGUAUUUUUUAAGGUAUUAUGUAUAGUCAUGAACUGAUGCUUUUGUUGCUUUACAUGGAUUUUAUUUCACAGACUUUGUGUUAUACAGUGCUUUAUGUCAGAGUUAAGCAAUUUUGGCAGCUGGUAAUAAAAUGUGUUUCUGGUA